UAAGUCAGAAUUACGAAGAAAAUGGGAAGACGAGGGCCAAAGAUUCUCGCUCCCUCCGAAUUAGUCCGACGGCAAAUCUUACUCGUUCUGUAAUCACAGCUUUCUUGUCCUUUCCCAAGCCGUUACCUUACCUUUCUCGACUCUCUCUCUCUCUGCUCACACGCAUUUACGAGAUCAUGCUCGCUGGUCUACGUCAUCUGAAAACAACACGCCCUUCGACUGCUAUCUUUCGGAAGCCGUAGUCUCCGCGGGAUCUUUGUUGCUGGGUUUUGUGGCAAAGAUUCCUUGUUCGUUCGGCAUUUUAGUGGAUCCUGUUUGAGAUUGAGUUAGUUUAGCUGGGUCGGGGCGAAAAUUUUAGCUUUCUCCAGGAGUUUCUGUGGCUCAUGUUCCAGAGUUGGUUACUUCUACUGGAUUGCUUGUUAGUAGCAUACAAGGCUUCCUGUUUCUGCUGAGAUUUUGCGGGGCUGUGUUGGAAUUCUAGCCGGAUUCGGUGGUAAUUUCGAUUUUUCCAUGAGAGCGUAGGAUGGUUUCCCUGGAAUCCGGGAUUCCGGCGAAGAGACCAGAAAGGCAACACCAUUUGUUGCAAAGGAACAGAUCGAGGCUCUCGAGAUUCUUUUUCUUGAAGAAGCUCGAUUAUCUCCAAUGGAUUUGUACUGUGGCUGUGUUCUUCUUCUUCGUUGUGAUAUCCCAGAUGUUUCUGCCGGGUCUGGUGGUCGACAAGUCGGAUGGAGCGGAAGUUUUGCCGCCGGAUUUGGCGGCCUUCAAGGAGAAAGGUUUUCUAGAUUUCGGGGAGGAUAUUAGAUUUGAACCCAUUAUGCUUUUGAUGAAGUUUCAAAGAGAAAUUAAUAGUUCAAGCUUCCCAUCCUCUUCUGUCAAUGCAACUCCUCAACAUUUCGGAUUCAGGAGGCCGCAAUUGGCUCUGGUGUUUGCCGACAUGCUAGCUGAUCCGCAACAGCUGUUAAUGGUGACUGUUGCCAAUGCACUGCAAGAAACCGGCUAUGCCAUUGAGGUUUACUCCCUUGAAGAUGGUCCUGUGCGAGGCAUUUGGCAGAAAUUAGGUGCUCCAGUCACCAUUCUUGAGAGUUAUCACGCAUCAAAUUGUGUCAUCGACUGGCUAUCGUAUGAUGGCAUAAUUGUGAACUCUCUCGAAGCCAGGAGUGUGUUUUCUUGUGUCAUGCAAGAACCUUUCAAAUCUUUGCCCCUCAUUUGGGUCAUCAAUGAGGAAACUCUUGCUGUUCGGUCAAGAUGGUACACCUCGACAGGGCGGACCGAUUUUCUCAACGUUUGGAGAAAGAUUUUCCAUCGAGCUUCUGUUGUAGUAUUCCACAAUUACCUCCUUCCGAUUCUUUACUCAGAGUUUGAUGCUGGGAACUUUUAUGUGAUUCCUGGAUCUCCUGCAGAAGCAUGGAAAGUGGAGAAUAAUUUAGAGAGCCCACAAAAAGAUGGAAUAGUCAUCACUAUCGUGGGAAGCCAGUUCUUGUACAAGGGUUUAUGGCUUGAACACGCCCUAGUUCUGCAAGCGCUGCUACCGUUGUUUUCAGAUUCUUCCCGUGACAGUUACAAUAAUACCCAUCUCAAAAUCAUAGUUUUAGGUGGACAUUCAGCUUCCAACUAUAGCAUAGCCGUCGAGACAAUCGCCCGAAAUUUGUCAUAUCCAGAAGAUUCCGUGAAGCACAUUGGCAUUGACAGGAAUGUUGACGAGAUACUUGGAACUUCUGAUCUUGUUUUGUACGGAUCGUUUCUUGAGGAGCAGUCUUUUCCAGAGAUUUUGGUGAAAGCCAUGUCCUUGGGAAAACUGGUUGUUGCUCCCGACCUCCCCAACAUUCAGAAAUAUGUUGAAGACAGAGUGAAUGGGUAUCUUUUCCCCAAGGAGAAUUUGAAGGCUCUAACACAGAUAGUGCUUGAAGUGACAUCGAAAGGGAAACUAUCUCCCUUGGCUCGGGAUAUUUCACUGACAGGAAAAACCACUGUUAGGAAUAUGAUGGCUCGAGAAACAAUAGAAGGAUAUGCAACUCUUAUCAGGAACGCUUUCAAGUUUUCUUCCGAAGUUGCCUCCCCUAAGGAUGUCAAUGAAAUUUCUCCGAAAUUGAGAGAUGAAUGGCAAUGGCAUUUCUUUGAAGCUUUCUUGAACAUGUCUCAUGAAAAUGGAACUGCUAGAAGUUAUGAGUUUUUAACGAAGGUUGAGGAACAGUGGAAUCGUACCUCAUUAAGCGGUAUAAAAUUCGAGGCUGUUAAUGAUGAUUCAUUUGUGUAUGAGAUUUGGGAAGAAGAGAGAUAUCUUCAGAUGAUGAAUGCUAGAAAGAGGAGGGAAGAGGAAGAGACGAAAGAAAGAGCUGCCCAGUAUCAUGGAACAUGGGAGGAAGUAUACAAAAACGCCAAAAGGGCAGACCGGAGUAAAAAUGAUCUACACGAGAGGGAUGAAGGGGAGCUAUUAAGAACAGGUCAACCUCUAUGCAUUUACGAACCUUAUUAUGGUGAAGGAACCUGGCCUUUCCUCCAUCAGUAUUCGCUCUAUCGUGGGGUUGGCUUGUCAUCAAAAGGCCGGAGGCCAAGAAUGGAUGAUAUCGAUGCAUCAACUCGUUUGGCACUUCUUAACAACCCGUACUACCGUGAUGCUCUUGGUGAGUUCGGUGCGUUUUUUGCAAUUUCAAACAGGAUUGACCGUUUACACAAGAAUGCAUGGAUAGGGUUUCAGUCCUGGAGGGCAACUGCCAGGAAGGCUUCUUUAUCCAAGACUGCUGAGAAUGCAAUAAUAAGUGCCAUUCAAGCAAAAAAGCAUGGAGAUGCUCUCUACUUCUGGGUUCGCAUGGACAAAGAUCCGAGAAAUACUUUACAGAAACCCUUUUGGUCCUUUUGUGAUACCUUAAAUGCUGGAAAUUGCAGAUUUGCUUUCAAUGAAACUCUGAAGAAAAUGUAUGGUGUGAAGCAUUUGGAUUCUUUGCCACCAAUGCCUGAGGAUGGGGACACUUGGUCUGUCAUGCAGAGCUGGGCCUUGCCGACCAGGUCUUUUUUGGAGUUCAUCAUGUUCUCAAGGAUGUUUGUGGAUUCGUUGGAUGCACAGAUCUAUGAAGAGCAUCAUAAGACAGGCCGAUGCUAUCUGAGUUUAACCCGAGAGAAACAAUGCUAUUCGCGGUUGCUGGAGGUUCUGGUGAACGUAUGGGCGUACCACAGUGCGAGGAGGAUGGUGUAUGUGGACCCAGAGACGGGUCUGAUGGAAGAGCAGCACAGUCACAAGAGCAGGCAAGGGAAGAUGUGGGUGAAAUGGUUCGACUACUCUACUCUGAAGGCGAUGGACGAGGAUCUGGCUGAAGAGGCAGAUUCAGACAGAAGGGCGGGGCACUGGCUGUGGCCGUGGACGGGUGAGAUCGUGUGGAAGGGUUCGCUCGAGAAAGAGAGGCAGAGAAGGAACGUAGAGAAAGAGGAGAGGAAGAGGAGAAGUAAGGAUAAGCUUAGCAGGAUGAGAAGUCGAAGCGGUCGACAGAAAGUAAUCGGAAAGUAUGUCAAGCCUCUGCCGGAGGACGAUGAUCCGAUCACAGUAGGAAACUCCACUGCAAGUGUAUAAACGGAAAAAAAAAAAGUUUCAUUCUUGGGGAGAAUUAUUAUUAUUUUUUUCCUUUCUUUUUUUGGACAUUCCAUUGUUCUUCUACCUUGUAAUAUUUGGUUAAUUCUCCGUUGUAAGAAAAGGGAAGAAUUGACUACUAAUUCAAGCCUUGUAUUGCUGUUGA